AUGGCACUCACUAACACUUUCGGCAAUUACCAAAACGAAUUUGGCCGUGCAUAUGAAGAUGGCCGUCAAGGCUUCCGUUAUAUGAACAAGGAAAUUCCGAAGGUGCUCAACGAUGUGAAUCUGAGGAAGAGUGAUUUCAUUAAGGCUGUGAGCGAUAUGAAGGAAAGAAAUUCUAUUAACGACAAUAAUAUUCGGAUGAUGAUGCUUGGAACGUCAGUAGCCCAGGGGAUACUUGCUGGAUACACGAUAAAUUCUCGAUAUCUUGAAGCUCAACCUCUCCCCUUUAUUACGCCGAUGGUGAUGUCAUUUGGAUAUGCGGGUAUCGUUGAUGAGGCCAAAGGCGAUCGUAGGAUGCUUAUUAGCGCUACAUUAGGAGCACCUCUAUGUGCUAAUCUUUUGCUUGGAGCUUUCUACGGCAAACUUACAAUGUCUUAUACCUUUCUCUCAUUGGGCUAUAUCGCGAUUGGUGGAAUCAUCAUGCAACUGCUGUUUUACAAAGCCCAUGAUCGUGAUACUGGCAAGAAAAAACAAUCUUAUCAAUGUAAAUCAGGUUGGGAGUAUAAAUACAGACAACUUGGGUCUGACGAAUCAUUGCUCAAUUUGAGCGACACCACCGCUAUGGAUGGCGUUUAUAAAGAAGAGGCAGGAUGUCUUCACGAGUUAGAAGAAACUAUGCAGUCCCUUCAUCAACCUGCUAAAUUCUUUGGACUGGCUGCUCCACCACUCACUGAGGAUACAAGAAACCAAGUCGAAUCGCAAGCACAAGAGCUCACCACGAGUUCGGUUUCUCCAGCAACAAAGCCGCUUAUUGAAGUGCUUGUGUGGACAACAUUGUUGAUAUUCUUUGCCAACGUUGGAAUCGUGGUUGGCUCGUAUAUACUAGGCCCGCUUCUUUCGACGUUUCUGGGAAAAUAUGGUGCUGUCAUUUUAGCAUUUGUUGUCAUACCAAGUUAUACUUAUUACUCCAUCACAAAGAUUGUCGCACUGAUUACUGUAGCGAUUGGAGCUGCGGUUAUUUUCAAUCUUACUGUAGGAAUAGUAACUGCUAAUCUAUCGUUCAUCUAUUUCCCGCUCACACUCAUAUGCGCUGGCAUUGCUGCACUUGUGGUGCAGCUCAUUUUGAAGAAACUUCAAGGAGAAGUCAGUAUUAGGGCGCAUGGAGUUUCUUAA